GAGGGAGCGGGCGGAGGAGGAAGUGUCAUGGCGUCGGGCCGUGGAGCUUCUUCUCGCUGGUUCUUUACUCGGGAACAGCUGGAGAAUACACCGAGCCGCCGCUGCGGAGUGGAGGCGGAUAAAGAGCUCUCAUACCGCCAGCAGGCGGCCAACCUUAUCCAGGACAUGGGACAGCGUCUCAAUGUCUCUCAGCUUACAAUAAACACUGCGAUUGUUUAUAUGCACAGGUUUUAUAUGCAUCAUUCUUUCACCAAAUUCAAUAGAAAUAUAAUAUCACCUACCGCAUUAUUUUUGGCUGCAAAAGUGGAAGAACAGGCUCGAAAACUUGAACAUGUUAUCAAAGUAGCACAUGCUUGUCUUCAUCCCUUAGAGCCACUGCUGGAUACUAAAUGUGAUGCUUACCUUCAACAGACUCAAGAACUGGUUUUACUUGAAACCAUAAUGCUACAAACCCUAGGUUUUGAGAUCACCAUUGAACAUCCACACACAGAUGUGGUGAAAUGUACCCAGUUAGUAAGAGCAAGCAAGGAUUUGGCACAGACAUCCUAUUUCAUGGCUACCAACAGUCUCCACCUUACCACCUUCUGUCUUCAGUACAAACCAACAGUGAUAGCAUGUGUGUGUAUUCAUUUGGCUUGCAAAUGGUCCAAUUGGGAGAUUCCUGUGUCAACUGAUGGAAAACAUUGGUGGGAAUAUGUGGAUCCUACAGUUACUCUAGAAUUACUAGAUGAGCUAACACAUGAGUUUCUACAAAUAUUGGAGAAAACACCUAGUAGGUUGAAGAGGAUUCGAAACUGGAGGGCUAAUCAGGCGGCUAAGAAACCAAAAGUAGAUGGACAAGUUUCAGAAACACCACUUCUUGGUUCAUCUUUGGUCCAGAAUUCCAUUUUAGUAGAUAGUGUUACUGGUGUGCCUACAAACCCAAGUUUUCAGAAACCAUCUACAUCAGCAUUCCCUGCACCAGUACCUCUAAAUUCAGGAAAUAUUUCUGUUCAAGACAGCCAUACAUCUGAUAAUUUGUCAAUGCUGGCAACAGGAAUGCCAAGUACCUCCUAUGGUUUGUCAUCACACCAAGAAUGGCCUCAACAUCAAGAAUCAGCAAGGACAGAACAGAUGUAUUCACAGAAACAAGAGACAUCUUUGUCUGGUACCCAGUACAACAUCAACUUCCAGCAGGGACCUUCUAUAUCACUCCAUUCAGGAUUACAUCACAGACCGGACAAAAUUUCCGAUCAUUCAUCCAUGAAGCAAGAAUAUGCUCAUAAAGCAGGGAGCAGUAAACACCACGGGCCAAUUUCUGCUACUCCUGGAGUAAUUCCUCAGAAAAUGUCUUUAGAUAAAUAUAGAGAAAAGCGUAAGCUAGAAACCCUUGAUCUGGAUGUAAGAGAUCAUUAUGUAGCUGCCCAAGUAGAACAGCAACACAAACACGUGCAGUCACAGCCAGCCAGCAGCAGUUCUGUCACUUCUCCCAUUAAAAUGAAAAUUCCCAUCACAAAUACAGAAAAACCUGAAAAAUACAUGGCGGAAAAGAAGGAAAAGAGCGGAUCACUGAAAUUACGGAUUCCAAUACCACCCACGGAUAAGAGUGCUAGUAAAGAAGAACUGAAAAUGAAAAUCAAAGUGUCUUCCUCAGAAAGACACAGCUCUUCCGAUGAGGGCAGUGGGAAGAGCAAGCAUUCGAGCCCACAUAUUAGCAGAGACCAUAAGGAGAAGCACAAGGACCACCCCUCAAACCGCCACCACCCUAGCAGUCACAAGCAUUCCCAUUCACAUAGUGGCGGCAGCAGUGGGGGCAGUAAACACAGUGCUGAUGGAAUACCAGCCACUGUUCUGAGGAGUCCCGUCGGCCUGAGCAGUGAUGGCAUUUCCUCUAGUUCCAGCUCUUCAAGGAAGAAGCUGCAUGUCAAUGAUGCAUCUCACAACCACCACUCCAAAAUGAGCAAAAGUUCCAAAAGUUCAGGUAGUUCAUCUAGUUCUUCCUCCUCUGUUAAGCAGUAUAUAUCCUCUCACAACUCUGUUUUUAACCAUCCCUUACCCCCUCCUCCCCCUGUCACAUACCAGGUGGGCUACGGACAUCUCAGCACCCUCGUGAAACUGGACAAGAAGCCAGUGGAGACCCACGGUCCUGAUGUCAAUCACGAGUACAGUGCAAACAGCCAGCAUAUGGACUACAAAGACACAUUCGACAUGCUGGACUCGCUGUUAAGUGCCCAAGGGAUGAACAUGUGAUCAUUUGGUUAGGUCCAUUUUUCCUUUACUUUUCUAAUUUAAAAAUGGUUAGAAUGGAAAACUUUCUCCUGAUCUAGCAGUGGUAACACCUGCUCUUGCUGCCACUGUAUCAAUAUUUGUAAGUGCUGCUUUAUUCUUCAUUCUGAAAAGAAGAGAUGAUAGUAAACAAGUCUUUAUCUCCACAUAUGAUAGUGUUAUAAAUACUGUAAAAGCAUGGAAGGUGCAAAACUCAGUAUUUCCACAAUUGCAGCUAAGAACAUUAGGAUGAAUGGCUGGCUGCUUCUAGGAAUAUAAGAUGCCUCAAGCAUUCAUUAUUUAUAAUUUGAAUACUGUAGCUGUUUUUGUUGUUGUUGCUUGGCUUUUGAAUGAGUGUAAAUUGGUUUCUUUUGUGUAUUUAUACUUGUAUGUAUGAUUUGCAUGUUUCAAUGAUAAAGGGAUAAAACAGUGUACUGACAACUGUUUACAAGAAAGUGGAGAAAAAUGUACAUACAUUUUUGUAUGUUUAGAUAUUACCAUAAAUACUCAGGAUUGGAGCUGCUUGUAAGUAUAACGAUAUAACUUUAUUUUAUCUUGUCAGAGUCCAUCACUAAUCUAAAACAAAGGUGGCACUUUUUCAUGUUAACCUUAAACUCUAGGCCUUACUGGAAGCCACUGAAGGGGGACACUUCACUACCAGAUGGGUAUGCAGUGCCACAGAUGGUCAUGUAUUUACACUGUGAGGCACUGAACUUUUGCCUUCAGAGCUUCUGACCAGGUUGGCUGCUGAAAUAGCCCCUAAUUUUCUGAAGGCUUGAAGAGGAAAAAAUAAAGUUUACAUACUCUUGAUGUGAAGUGCAUUUGAAAUGUUUGUCGGCUUGUUGCAGUACUAUAAACACAGAGCUGUUAAUAAUGGUUAUGUAGAUUACUGUGAUUUGAAAACUAAAUCCACAAAACUUAUAUAGUGAAGAACUAGUAAGUUUUUUUCCUAAAUAAAGAACUUUAACACUACAUAUUUUAACAGUAAACAGGGAUUGCUUUUCCUUUAGUGUUCAGAAUGACACCAUAUUCUUACACAUACUCCUCCCAUGAAGUGUGUUUGUGUGUGAUGCCAUAUUUCUUUUUCAGGUAAAUGCAGUCUUCCUUAUAGAAACGAAAUUACCUGUUGCUCUCUCAGUUGUUUUAUAUUCUAACAAUAAAUAAAAAGAAAAGAUCACUGACUGUGCAUUGUACCUGUAUUUAUAGCUUAUGGUUGUUAUCAGGAAGCUCUGUGAGAAAAAAGGGUUAGCCUCCAGGUAAACAAGCUAGUGGAGGUUUUACAUUUGUUUGCACAUCUCAGUAUAUUCCUGUUAAGGUCAAGUUUGCACAGUCAUCUAACUUCUGAACAAACAAUAGACUUUAACUUGUUUAAAAUCUGUCUUAAACACCAGUAAUGUGGCUCCGGUUUAUCAGCUAAUCUUGAAUUUAUUCUGUGGUAAAUCUUUGAGCUGUUGAGUGUCUUUAGAUGGGGUGAAUUUUCAACUUUUCGUUGAACUGAAAACUGUCUUAAUUUUUUCCUCUAUGUAUAUGAAUUAUUUUUGUUACAAAGCCACUGAUAUGUGCACAAUUGUAAUUUUACUCAAGUAUGUUGCAGUUGUAAAUAUUAGAGCGUUUAAUCUCGUGCUCUACCUUUAUUUAGCGAUUACCUAAUUUGCCAGUAGCUUUAUAUUUUUUUUAAGAUAAUUGUUCAUUAUUUUGUCAAUGUUAUUUGAACUUAGGAUACUAGGAGCCUCUUUCUAGGCACUUUGCCUAGCUAGCAUGUCCUAACAUUUGUUCUUUGUCUUGCAUAACUUUAGUAAUCUUUGUCAUUACAUGUAACUUUGUUGCUCUGUAUGGCAUAUUAUUGUAUCCAUAAACAUGGUAAUUUUGAUACAGUUAUACUUUUACAGUGGUACAUAAUCCGAGGACUAGUAUAGAAUUAAACUGAGUGCAAGAUGAGGGCGGGGAAGGGUUUUGUUCUUGGUAAUUUAGAUGUGAAACCUCUAAGGAGCUAUCAUGUGAAACGACAUAGGGUGGUCGUGCUACUGUAUAAUGGGGGAUGAUAAUACCAGGAAUUUUAAUAAGAUUUUGUAAAGAAUAUCCAAAAAAGUAGUGAACUUAUUUUCAGUAUGACAUAGAAAACAAUGUGAAUAUUUAAGGUCUGUGACUACACUUAAACUUCACUAAGAAUUUGCAGAAUUGUUUUGAGAUGUGGGAAUAAAGGUAAUUUUGUUGAAUCUUUUAUUGGUGCUAAUGAUGGACAGUUUAAAAGGUAGCUAGUAUAUAUUGUUAUGGGUCAGUACUUAUUAGUACUUCCAAAAUUGAAUUUGAAAUGCUAUGUAUUCACUUUUCACUCUGUAAAUGUAAUUCUUUACAAUGACUUUAUUUAUUAAAGGGCAGCCAGUUGUAAUUUGUACAGGAUUGUGUGAGCUAUUCAAACUCUUUAACCUCUGAAGAGGAUUAUAGGUUCUAAAACCACCAUGGGGAUGAAUAUGAAAAUCCUUUUAAGUUUCAUUUCCAUUAAAUGAAAACCCCUAUUACUCAUACUACCAUUAAUUUGCUUUCCCCAUCUCAUUUGCAUAAAAUAGUUCAUCAGCCUGGUCCCAAUAGGCUCAACCAAAGAAAAAGACUCCAAUGAAUGGACAUUAUUAUUGAGUCUUCUUGUAAGUAGCCAUAAAUAAACCAAAAUAGUAUCAUCAAAUUUAGGUAUGAAAUUCCACAUGUGCAAAGUACUGUUAAGGUGAUUUACAUUUUUGAUGAGAUUUUUUUUAAUAUUUGAAAUAUUAAAAAGCAUUAUCUUUAAACAUCCUUUAAAAGAGUGAUUCGUUUUUCAGUUGUCUUUUCCCUAGAUCAUAGUUUUGUUACCUUUAUGCAGAAGCACAUUGCAUAGAAAGGCUUUACUUCUACCUCUUUAAGUAGUUUUCCAGUAUUGAGCUGUACCCCCUAAAUAUAUGCCUUAGCUACUUUAAAAUAUGUUUUCAGAACCAAAAAGCAGAGUGUUUUUUCACUGAAACAUUCUUGGAAGGCCUGCUGUACCAAACUUUAGCGGUAUCCUUUAGCGCUAAGACCUUACA